UAAGAAUUGGUAUGUAGGUGAUUCAUGCAAAAGUUGAACCUUUCAACUUCUAUAAAUAAUCCCCCAAAACUUAAAGAAAUCAUCAAACAACAGAUUCAGAACUCAAAAAAACAGAGAUUAAAAGCAAAACAAAGGAGCAACUAUGGCAGGCAUCAAGUCUCUUGGGCAGCAGCAAGUUGUGAUUCUGUCGUUGCUGGCUUUGAUACUGGCUCAAGCACAGGCACAGCCUCAAGGCUGCUCAACUCAGCUCAGCAACUUAAAUAGUUGUGCACCAUUUGUGCUUCCUGGUGCUACUAACCCAAGCCCAGAGUGCUGUGGUGCACUUGGAGCUGUGCAACAAGAUUGCCUUUGCAGCACCCUUAGAAUUGCCUCCACUCUCCCUUCUCUUUGCCAACUUCCAACUCUCUCUUGUGGUUCAAACUAGAAGAGAAGGCUGAUGUGGAAAUCACCACGAUAAACGAAAUGAAUAGUAAUAAUAAUGUUGUAGUUUUCCAUUUGGUUUUGUUUGUGUUUCUCCUUUCCUGUUUGAUCUGAGAUCAAUGAUCUCAGAAGUCAGCUGGUUUCAUUGAAUAAAAAGGCACCCUUUACCUUUUUCUUC